AUGGAAAUCUUGAAAGACGUAAGCAUUUUGGGAGGGAAAUUUUUAUACUACUUUAUAGAGUCUCUAGUCUUCCAUAUCAUUCCCAGACCUAAAAAGAGAGUUGCUGGUGAAAUCGUGCUAAUAACAGGAGCUGGAAGUGGACUGGGAAGGUUAUUGGCCUUAAAAUUUGUCCGUCUCGGAGCAAUUGUAGUUCUCUGGGACAUUAAUCAAGAAAGUGUCACUGAAACAUGCAAGCUAGCCAAAGAACAUAGUUCUGCAAGAGUGCAUGCCUACACAUGUGACUGCAGCAAAAAACAUGAAAUCUACAAAGUUGCAGAACAGGUUAAAAAAGAAGUCGGUGAUGUUACCAUCCUCAUCAACAAUGCUGGAGUUGUAACAGGAAAACAAUUCCUUGAGACUUCAGAUGACGAUGUGGAAAAAACUUUUCAUAUAAACACCUUUGCUCAUAUCUGGACUUACAAAGCCUUCCUUCCUGCCAUGAUAGCUGCCAACCAUGGUCACCUGGUCUGUAUUUCAAGUGUAGCUGGGCUGGUUGGCAUAAAUGGACUAGGGGAUUAUUGUGCAAGUAAAUUUGCAGCAUUUGGAUUUGCAGAAGCCAUUUAUUUUGAAUUGAGAAAACUAAAGAAGGAUGGAAUUAAAACCACCAUUGUCUGCCCAUAUUUCUUCAAAAGUGGAAUGUUUAAUGGUUGUUCAACCAAGUACCCGUCCUUAUUACCUCUUAUGGAGCCCCAAUGCGUAGCCCAUAAAAUCGUGAAUGCCAUUCUGGAGGAGCAGGUUUAUCUGCUGAUUCCCAAAAUGACAUAUAUUGCAGUGUUGUUAAAACAUUCGAUAUCUACAAAAAUGGGUCUGGCCCUUGGUGAUUUCCUUGGAGUUUUCAAUUCUUUGGAUAAUUUCCGUGGUAGAGUGGAAACAGAUAAAGUCCAGACUGUAGCAAACACAACAAACCAAUAA